CUGAUGAACGGAUUAGAGAUGGAGUGAAGGUAUUUGGAGAAGACAAGGCAGAUAACGAAGGAAGAACAAGUCAAGAAGGGGAACAUGAAUUUGACCAACUGUACAAGAGUAACUGAAUUUAUUCUCAUUGGGUUGCCAAGAGUAGGGCGAAUGGAAGGUGUGAUGCAUGCAGGCAUCUUUCUGCUCUACCUCCUGUGUCUGAUGGGCAACGGGCUCAUCAUUGUGAUGGUAAUUGUGGACCGACAUCUCCAGAAGCCCAUGUAUAUCUUCCUUAGCAACCUUUCUUGCAUUGACAUUGGACACACCACAACCUUCAUUCCUAAAUUGCUGGUCAAUUAUCUCUCUGCAAAGAAUUCCAUCUGUUUCAACUGCUGCAUUGCCCAGCUGUAUUUUUACUUCUUUUUUGGGGUCACAGAAUAUUUCAUCAUCUCUUUCAUAUCCUUGGACAGAUACUUAGCCAUCUGUCAUCCUCUGAGGUACGCCACCAUCAUGACCUCUGAGGUCAGCCUGAAACUAGCAAUGGCAGCCUGGUUUGGAAGCUUUUCCUCCAUUCUUUAUCAGGAAAUAGUGGUGGCAAAUCUACCUUUCUGUACAUCCAACGUUAUCAACCAUUUCUACUGUGAUGUGGGACCUGUGUUGAAGAUUGCAGGAGGAGAUAUUAGAGUCAUUGAAGCCCUGGGAUUCUUAAUUAUGGUGAUGGUGGUAAUGUCCUCCCUGUUCUUCACCAUUGUUUCUUACCUCUUCAUCAUUUGCACCAUUCUCCGAAUGCCUUCAACCACUAGGCAGCAGAGGGCCUUUUCUACCUGUGCUUCCCAUCUGGUUGUUGUCUGCAUGUUGUAUGGGUCAGUCUGUUUUGUCUAUUUAAGACCUACUGUCAAGAACUCUUCCUUCAGUAGGAUGAAGAUCGUUUCUGUGGUGAACACUAUAGUUGUCCCAAUGCUUAAUCCUUUCAUUUACACCAUUAGGAACAAUGAAGUGAAGGAAGCAGUGUGGAAAGCAUUAAGAAAAAAGUCUCUGGCUUUUCCUAAAGUCUAACUAUUAAACAGAAGUAAAAUGAACAUUUUUGGGGGUAUAUUUCCAAAAAAUGGGUUUCAGAUAGAAAGUCCAUACAGAGAGUGGUGAGGACAGCGGAGAAGAUUAUAGGAAGCUUGCUUCCUGUUAUUCAGGAUACUGCUUAUAAGCGCUAUGUGCUUAGAGCUCAAAGCAUUGUUAGAGAUGCACACCCCCACCCACUUUAUGGUCUGUUUCUGUUGCUCCCCUCUGGGAGCAGGUUUCUAAGUAUUUCUAGCAGGACUUUCAGAUUCUGUAAAAGCUUUGUUCCAUAUGUCAUCCGUUUGGUAAACUCUCAAGAUUCGUUUUUCUCGCUAUGAACAGGUAUACAUCGAAACUAGACUGUGUUGUUUCUCUGUGUCAUAUAAUAUACGUAUGUGGGUAUACAGUAUGCAUGUAUUUAUUUAUUUAGUCAUGUUUAUGUAGUGUAUAUUCAAGGUGGUGACUCUUUGAGAGCUGCAAGCAAAGAAAUUUCAUUUUAAUAUAUGCCGAUUAGUGUAUAUUCAAAGUGACAAUAAAGUUAUUUUAAGUUCUAAAGUUCUAAGUUAAAGAACUGGAAUUUUCAAUACAGCUACGACAAUGGGUCAAUAAAAAAUAUUAAAUUAGUAACUUCAGAUGUGAGAUGAAGGCUGAUUCAUCAGGAAAACUGUAUAUUGGUGUCCCCAAAGAAAUGUAUUGAAAGAAUAAUAAAUCAGUUUUCAAAUGC